AUGGUCCCAGCGUCGGAGCUGCCACUCUUGCGCAGAGCAGCACCGCUCAACCACAGCCCAGGAUACCAGAUUCGCGGCAGCCGGCAGCUUUCCGGAAGUACUCGCACUUCCGGCGGAUGUGGGCUUGCGUCAUAUAGCCGGACCAUCGGCAUUUUCUUUAAUUCGGGCAGGAUGAACUCAAUUAAGAAGAUGGCAGCUUUUACCCCAAAGAAAAGGAAGCUACACCCUUUGAACUGUGACAGCCUAUUAUCAGACAUUCCAUCAAAGAAAUUAAUAUUGGACUUUCCUGAAAAUAUAUUUCUACCACCUAAUAAAAAGCACAUUUUCCAAAACAGUGAUAAAAAUGAAGAAAAGAAACAUUGCUUUCAACAAGACCAUUUCACUUCAAGUUCCCAUGAUAUCUCAUCAUUUACAACAACUAAAAAAAAUAGAUUGCUGUCUGCAGAUCCAAAUUCACCGUUUAAAUCUGCUGUGUCUACUGUAUCAUUUUACAACAAAGAUAAGUGGUACCUCAAUCCACUGGAGAGAAAAUUGAUAAAAGAGAGUAGAGCCACUUGCCUAAAAAUGAAUAAGGAAGAUAAGCCUUUACCCAUUUUGAUGGAAAAAAUUCAGGGAAAACCAGUCUGCUCCAAGAAGAUGAACAAAAAGCCAAAGAAGAGUUUAACUGCUAAGUGUCAACGAAGUUAUAAAUGCAUCAAGCCUAUAUCAAGGAACUCUAAAAAUUCCAGGCACAACAGAGUGGCCUAUAAGCCAAUUGUGGAUAAAGAGAAUAAUUGUUAUCCAGCUGAAAAUAAUCUGAAUGCUCCUCGAGUUCUAAGCCAAAAAACAAAACCACAUGUUACUCUGCAGGGUGGAGCGGCAUUUUUUGUUAGUACAAAAAAGUCCUCCCUUAGAAAAUUGUCUCUGGAAAAUAAGUCAUUACUGGGACCUGCUGGAAAGAAUAAAUCAGAAAUGACUGAAGAUUCUGAUGUAGACACUGUCUGUGAAAGAAAAACCUUUGAGACAAGGCAAGCGCCUAAGUACUUACAAGAACUGAACAUCGAGCUACUGGGUACAAGAAGUGAGAACGAAGAGAAAUUAAUAAAGGAUUCAUCAGGUGGAGUAGUUUCUUCAAGGGAAUGUAAACUUGAUGAAAAUAAGCACUUUCCUUUAGAGGAUACGCUCAAUGAGAACAAGGCAGCUUCUCCUGAGUCCAUUGUUUACUCAAUUUUCAGUGUGUCUUCAGUCAAUACAAAAAGCUCUGUAGCCGAAGAAAACUCUUCUGUGGGCUCCAGCAUAUCUACUAACUUCUUGAAACAGACCAAUACACAGAAAAAUGCCAGGGAUAUAAAUAAAGAAAUUAAAGACCAGUUCAUCAUUGAUGCAGGUCAGAAAUAUUUUGGGGCUACUAUGUGUAAGUCUUGUGGUAUGAUCUACACUGCUUCCAACCCUGAAGAUGAACUACAGCAUGUUCAGUAUCAUCAGAGAUUUCUGGAGGGAAUCAAAUAUACGGGUUGGAAGAAAGAACGUGUAGUAGCACAAUUUUGGGAUGGAAAAAUCGUUUUGGUCCUGCCACAUGACCCAAAUUAUGCCAUCAGAAAGGUAGAAGAUGUCCAAGAACUUGUCGAUAAUGAACUGGGAUUUCAGCAAGUUACUCCCAGAUGUCCAAACAAAACCAAAACUUUUCUCUUUAUAUCCGAUGAAAAGAAAGUAGUUGGGUGUUUAAUUGCAGAGCCCAUUAAACAGGCAUUCCGCAUCCUAACUGAACCAUCUGACUCAGAAUCCCCAACUUCGAAAGAAUGUCACAGGGCUUGGCAAUGUUCAAAUGUACCACAUCCUGCAGUCUGUGGGAUAAGUAGGAUCUGGGUGUUCAGACUGAAGAGAAGAAAGCGUAUUGCAAGACGACUGGUAGAUACUCUCAGGAAUUGCUUCAUGUUUGGCUGUUUUCUCAGCACUGAUGAAAUUGCAUUUUCUGACCCAACUCCUGAUGGGAAAUUAUUUGCAACCAAAUACUGCAACACCCCUAAUUUCCUUGUGUACAAUUUUAAUACUUAA